CAAUCUUCAGGAACGAAAAGAUAUGUCGACGGACUCGUACGAAGAUGCCCUUAGAAAACUUGGAGAGCUUCUCACCAAGAAAUCGGAUCUAGGUAACAUCGCAGCCGCAAAGAUCAAGCAGUUAACUAGUGAGCUAGAGGAACUUGAUUCCAGCAAGAUAGAUUCUGUAGAAAGGAUCAAGUCUGGAUUUAACCAUUUCAAGACUCAUAACUACGAGAAGAAUCCUUCGUUGUACAGUGCACUUGCCAAGAGCCAGAGCCCCAAGUUUCUGGUGUUUGCUUGUGCGGAUUCUCGAGUUUGCCCAUCUCACAUCUUGAAUUUCCAACUUGGGGAAGCUUUUAUCGUUAGAAAUAUUGCAAACAUGGUGCCACCUUAUGACAAGACAAAACAUUCUAAUGUUGGUGCCGCCCUUGAAUAUCCAAUCACAGUCCUCAAUGUGGAGAGCAUCCUCGUGAUUGGUCACAGCUGUUGUGGUGGAAUAAAGGGACUCAUGGCCAUUGAAGAUGAUGCGGCUCCCUAUAAGAGUGAAUUCAUAGAAGACUGGAUCCAGAUCUGUGCACCGGCCAAGAACAAGACCAAGCAGGAUUGUAAAGACCUGAGCUUCGACGAUCAGUGCACCAACUGUGAGAAGGAAGCUGUGAACGUGUCGCUGGGGAACCUGUUAUCAUACCCGUUCGUGAGAGAGCGAGUGGUGAAGAACAAGCUCGCCAUAAGAGGAGCUCACUAUGAUUUUGUGAAAGGAACGUUUGAUCUCUGGGAACUUGACUUCAAGACCACCCCUGCUUUUGCUUUGUCUUAAAAGAGUCAUACUCAUGUUUUCUCCCUAUGUUGCUUCUAAGUUUGUUCUCAUCAGUAAUCAUCUUACUUUAUCUUCAGUUUCUUGUCUCUUUUUGUUUUUUUACUCAACUUCUUGUAUAAUCUCAUCUUUUAUGUUUAAAAAUAAAUGAAUAAGCUUUUUUUUUUUUUUUGAAACACUGAUUAAAUUAAUAAGGAGAAAAGUUAGCUGAGUGCAUUAACAACACCAUCAACUACAAACUGUCCUGGUGCAUUCAAAGCACUUUUAGCUAGCAAAUCUGCAUCGGUGUUCCUCUCACGAGGGAUCCACACAAAGCAAACAGAAUCAAAAGCAGGGAUACAAGAUAUAAUAUCAGAAGCAACGCCAUGAAGAUCCAGCGCACCCGAGCCCGAGUUAACAAUCUUGAUCAGUUGAGCAGAAUCCGACUCAAAACACACCCUCUUCAUCUUCAAUCUUCGGCAGGUAAGGACUGCAAUUCGCAAGGCUAGCGCUUCCGCCAUCAGAGGUGAUGACACAAACUCCACACGCUCCUUGUAGGUCUUGUUUUGAGAGUUGGACUGCAGAACCCAUCCCAGGCCUGCUGCUUGUCGAAGGGCGUCCCAAGCCGCAUCAGUCUUCACCACUAUCGUGUUAUAGGGUCUUUGUUGAUCCAGUCUUAUUUUUCCUUUGGUCGAAACUUUCUCUUGCUUCUGCUCUGUACUCCAUUCCCUUGCCACAACAAUCGCAGCCGUCAAGACAUCUUCCGGGGAGGAGUAGAAACCUUCAAACACAAACCGGUUUCGGGAUUUCCACAAAUUCCAAAUGAUCCAAAGGAACAGAGGGCCUGUUGUUAUUCCUGACGGAGGCAGACACCUGUUUGCACACAUGUCUUUCCAGGAAGCCACUAAAUCUAUCAUUCCACUACAUUCGACUUCGUUGACAAGAGGAGCUAAUCUCCAGACUUUACGGGCGAAAGGACAGUGAAAUAAAAGGUGAGUGAUAGAUUCAGUACAUCCACAUCGCUUACACUGUGGGUCAACAGGAACAUGCCUCUCUACCAGCCUUUCUCCAACCGGUAAGGCACCCUUUAACACUUUCCAAGCGAAGAGUUUGACUUUUGGGGCACAGUCCAAGUUCCACACCUCUCUUGUCCAAUUAAAAUUUGGAUCCAUGAACGCCUCAGCGCCGAAAGCAUCGUCCUCGACGGCAGUAUAGUAACGAGACUUCACAGAAUACUCCCCUGUUUUUUUUCCCAGCCACACCAAUCUAUCCGGAGCCCCGGUUACACUCUGUUUUAUGCUGAGGAUACGAUCCUCAUAGAAUGGCAGGAUGAGUUGGAUUCUCUCUCGGUUCCAUUGGAGCCCUCCUGAACUCAUAAGGUCUGCGACCGUUAAGUCUAGUGUCUGCUCUGUUGGAGGUCCCACUACAAGAAAACAACAAUUUAGAGACUUCUCUUGCAACUACAACCGGUGGUUGCAAAAUUAUGUGACUAAUUUCAAACUAAUUUGCAACUAUUUUACAACUACAAAGAAUAAGUCAUAGAUUAGUUGCAAAUAUGCAACCACAACCAAUUGUAGUAUUUAAGUUGCUUUUUUGAAACACAUUUGUGACGUUUUCGUAACUAGUCAACAUAGUCGCAAUACAGUAGCAUUAUUAAAACCAAUUUACAACUACAUAUGUUGUUGCGAACUUGUAGUUAUAAAUUAGUCACAAAACUAUGUAAUACUCGUAGUUGCAAAAUGGUAGCUGUAGCUUUGCAACGAUGUUGCGACUACUUGGUUUAGUUAAAAGCGAACAAGUCACAAAUUAGUUGCAAAUUUUCCAUACAUAUAUUAUAAAACAAUUACAUAUAAUACUUUGAAUGAUGCAGGUAUUUUAAUGGCUACCUUUCAUGUAUCUAAACCAUGUAAUUGACGUAAAAUGUAUUUUGAGGUUUAGUUGCAACGUUAAUACAAUUAUUUUGUAUCUUUUUUGUAACUCUUAAAUGUGUUGUAGUUGCAAUGUAGUAGCAAAUAGUAUCAUUGCUUAUAAUUAUAUAAGUUUAAUUGUUCAUAUGCUUUAUUUUAAUUACAUAUCAAUACUUAAUAAUCAAAUAAAUAAAAUUAUAUCUUGAAUAAAUUUGAGUCAUUUAAAAAAAUGGAUAUGACCACACAACUAACACAUUUGUACAAUUUCAUGUUUAUCUUUUGAAUUUGGAUUGUAAAUUAUAAAAUUAACAAUCAUUUUAUGCAAUGCCUCAUAACUUAGUAUAUAACUUGUAUAUAUAAAAAUUAUUUUGAAGCUAGACCACUCUAAGAUGAUUAUAAGUUAUUUUGGGGUCUAGGGUAUAACUUUCACAUUUUUUCAUCAGUAGUUGCAAAAUAGUUACAAUAUUGUCCAUAGUUUUACACGUCAGUUAUUCUGUAACUUAUUUGCAACUGUUAAGAGUACGGUAGUCGCAAUGUAGUAACUUAUUUUGUGACCGAUUUACUACUACAAACAUUUAUAACUAAUUUGUGACUACCAAUAUUUCUUUUCAGCCAUAGUUACAUUGGAGUAUCAAAUAUAUAGUCAUUUACAUUAAGAGUUUUCUAAGUCUGCCUUCAUUUAAUAUAUAAUCAUAUAUCUUCUUUUACAUAUAUUUCGAAAAUAAAUAUGAUAUGUAGAGUUUAGGGUUUCAUUAGCUAAAUCUGUUUUAAUAAUUAGACAAAUAUAUCAUUUUAAAUUUUGUUUACCAUAAAUCAUUAAUAAAUAACAUAAUAAAACAUCUUUUUGUAGCAUUUUAGUAACUUAAGACACCCAAAUGGUUAUAUCUUCAAAAAACAUAUGUUACCUAAAUGUAAUACAUUCAUGUGUAAUGAUUUGGAUUUGGGUUGAAAUUUUUUCAACUAGAUUGUUCUACAGAAAUGAUUAUACUCUCUUUACUUAAUAUAUAUAUAAUAGCAUGCCUUUUUCAGAUAUUGUAGUUUUUUAAAGUAAUGAGAUUAAUUUUAAGGUUUAGGGUAUUGUUAGCCACUAUUUUGCAACCAUUUGACCUAGUGUACUCGCAGUUUAGUAGCAUAAUUUGGCUAAUAAAAUUUAACUAGAAAUUAGAAAGCUUACUUCUGAUUGGUCAAUUUCCAAAGGGAAGGAUUGGCUUUGUUCUUCCAUCACCGUUGAGAUUAGUAAAUCUAACGGCCAAGACUUAAUCAGAUUUUCUUAUUUCCUUCCUCUUCUCUGCUUUCUCCUUGUUAGUUUCUCACCGACUGAACCUUUUUUCAUCUUCUUCUUGUUCUCUGCUCUCCUCGUCACUUUAUUUUCUUUUUCUUUUUUCCUCUUACGUCUCUCUUAGUCUUCUUUAUCUUCAUGUACUUAUGCUAUUUCUAACUGAUUUUUGUUUUGUUUACAGAUCUGAGAAGGACCAGUGAUGAAACGGGAAGCGGAAGUGGUGGUGUAACGGAGCAUACGCGCCGGAGGUGGUGGUGGCGUGACGAAUCGGAGGAACCGCAGAUGCUGUAUGUAUCAGACCAACAGCAGUGGCUUCCCGACCAGAUCCAGUCGUCGCUUCAGAUGGAACCACUCCGAGUCGUCGUGGUGCCGUUCAACCGGAGCCGGUGGAGAAGCCGGUGGCGGAAUCCGUGCCGCCGUGGCUGAACCCAUAGAGAUGAUGAUGGUGUAUUUGUGUGUAUAUAUAUCUGUAUUUAUCUUUGUAAUUUUACUUUCUAAUUAAUUAAACUAAUAUUUUAAUUUUAA